GACAGUUUAGUAGUGCAGUAGCACAAGUUACAGUAGUGCAGUCAACAAUUUUAGCAAAAUUGCUUGCUUGCUUUGCUUUUUGUAUUUCUUUGUUAAAAUAAAUUAAAAAUUUUAUCUACAGAUAAGUUAAUACCUACCUACUAAAUUAAUACCUACCACAUAAUUUAAUACCUACCUACCUGAUUAAACAUGUCUUGCAAUUCUUGUGCAAAACCUUAUAAUUUUUUUCGAAAAGAGAAAGGGUGCCCAAGUUGUGGUUUUAGCUACUGUUCAAAAUGUUUAGAUAACAUGAUAUAUGUUGAGAAAUUAAAGGCUGAAGCAAAGGUCUGCAUGAAAUGUGCAAAAACAACAAAUGCUCCUAAGAUAGUUGAACCUCCCGAUGCUUACUAUAAAAGAAUAGGUCUUAACAGAAAUGAUGUUCAUUGUGAUAAUGGUGGCACUAGCUCGCAAGAUCAAGAAAUACAUGCUAGAUUGUUGAAAUUAAAACAAGAUACUACACCAAAAAUGACACAAGAAGAAGAAAUAGCCAUUAGGUUAAAAAAUAUUAAAGGAGAAGUACCUUCUACUUCUGAUGCAGAGUUGCAGCAGAGAUUAGCCAACCUUAGGGGAGUGCCAGUUAACACUUUGCAAAGUAAGAAUAUAUGUCCUAUAGUCCCAGAAACAAGAACUGAGCAAGAACAAGCUAAUGAUUUACUAAAACAAUAUAUGGCACAAGCUCAAAUUGAUGGACAGUACAAGGAUGAGUUUGAUGCUCUGGUUAGUGACAUGGAAAUGAGGGUUCAGAAACUAAAAGAUAGUAGCCUUGCAACAAAAACAAAGAAUGAUCCUGCUAAGGAGGCAUCUGAUUCUGAAGAUGAAGAUGAGAUUAUCAAGAAAAUUGUUGAAAAGAUAAAAAUAGAAUCAUCUCGAGAGGAUAAUCAAGUUUCUCCAAAAGAAAAUGAUGAGUUACCUUUCUGUGAAAUUUGUAAUGAAGAUGCUAAAAUGAGGUGUCUGGGUUGCCAUUAUUUAUUUUGCAAGAGGUGCUUUCUGGAACACAAGGAUGAUGAUGACGGCUGUGACAGAUAUGAGCUUUACAAACCUCCCAAAAAUCAGUAGGAAGUAUAAACAAUUAUCAUACUAAAAUUUAUAAAUUCUACUACCUAUGCAUUUAGAAUAAGUUGUAAAUGUAUAAUUAUUAUCUUUUAUAUAUACUUGGCAGUUAUCAAAUAAAAAUCAUAUUUUAUUUUA